CAAAUGCAUGUAUACGUUCAUACGAGUGUUUCACUAAAAGGUUUAUCUCCAGUGGUAGGACUUCUUGCGAUUCGGGCAUCUGGUGGUGUCACUAUUGCCGCCUUUGAUUGCCACGUCACCACAAGACUGGCCUAAACAAUGUGCAGCCAUUCCUUUUCAGUGUAUAACUGUGCAUUGUAAAAAGUCACGUGGGGACCGUAUUCAUGAAGCGCAGCACCGGUCGCGGGGUCACGAUGGAACGGAACUGGCGACUGAAUGGCGCUUCGGCGGUGGGUGUCAUGCUGAUGGUGAUUUUUUCUCGUUUCCCUCUGGCGGCCGGACAGGAGAGUUCCUCGUCCUGCUACUGUCUGAAGAAAGUCAUCGGCAGUCUCUUUAACCCUGUCGAGAUGAUUCAGUUCAAGCGGGACGGCUCGCUACGCACCCUGGUGGUGGAGCAGAAAGGACACGUUCGUUUGUUCAUGGAAGAAGAUGAGAACCAGGAGGGACAACUCUUCAUGGACAUUCGUGACCGCGUGAAAACCUCGGAAGACGUGGGCGAAGAAAGAGGACUGCUAAGUGUGGUCCUUCAUCCCAGCUACACCAGAAGUCCUGUCGGGCGAGUCUUUGCCUACUAUAUCCGUGACAUGUCCGGUUACCAUGUCAACGAUUAUGCUUACGUCAGCGAGUUCCUCGCCUACAAUGAUGUGGUGGACAGCUCUUCCGAGCGCUUCCUCCUACGCGUACGCCAGCCCUUUCGUAAAGGAAAUGGAGGCCAGUUGUUGUUUGGAAACGACAGCUUCCUCUAUAUCUUCACAGGUGAUGGUACAGGAGACGACGAUCUAGAGGGGAACGCCCAGAACAAGUUGUCUUUCAACGGCAAAGUUCUGAGGAUCAACGUCAAUCAGCAAAGCUUCGAGUUUGAUGAAGACUCGGCCAGUGCUUUCCCCUACAAAAGCCCAGUGGAGAACCCGUUCCACGGAGACAACGACUCCAGGCAAGAGAUUUUUGCUUUUGGUCUCCGCAACCCCUGGCGAUGCAGUUUGGACACACUCAACUUGCGUGAAGGGACAGGCAGGAUAUUCUGCGGGGACACUGGGACCGACCAGUUUGAGGAGAUUAACAUCAUUGAGAGCGGCAAGAACUAUGGCUGGAACAUCAAAGAGGGCCGCCGUUGUCAUCACAGCCAGCAGUGCAGCGCCAUUGCAAACGAAGGCUUGCCUAUAUACACCUACCCGCACUCGUCUGAAUGGGGUAGCGCUGUUGUUGGAGGAUACGUGUACAGAGGAGGCAACUUCACCGGACUGUAUGGCGCUUAUGUGUAUGGAGAUGCUGUUACAGGGAAAAUCGCGUACCUGGUGCAGCUGCCCAACACCACGUGGAGCAGCACAGACUGGCCGCAGUGCUCACGUGACUGGUGCCCGUGCGACGCUCGUGACGACAAGCUUCCCUACCUGCUGUCCUUCGGGCAGGACGCGCACGGAGAACUGUUUGUCAUGUCGACAUCAGAGUUCUCCGUGCUGCAGGCGAGAGGUGGACUUUUUCGUGUGGUGGCACCUACAGGAAACGCACAGAAGCAGGUCUCGUGCAAAGGCUGCAAGUCAUCACUUUCUGUUAAGUUGCUCCUAUUAAGUUUGGUUCUGUUAAUAUCUAAAUGGUGAUUAUUGUAACAUCUAUAACUGCCUUGCAAUACACUUUAGAGAAUGUAACUUUAGAAAGCCAGAAAUAUAGUUUUAUUUUUAAUAAUUAAUGAAAGUUAGGUCUCUACGGAAUACUGUAACUAAAAUGCUCACUUCGUGAUUUCAUUUUGGGAUUUCCUUCUCUCCCUCGUUAAACAAGGACGACAAUCCUCAUUUCCUCACCUCUCUCCUUUCCAACCAUUUCCCCUCUCUCACCUUUACCCUUCCUUUGUCUCCAUUCCACCAAUGCUGACCUGCAUUCUACUACAUCAAUCGUUUUAUAACUUUGAAGCGGAAGCUGACAGUAAGGGCGGAUAUCAGAAUGAUAUCACACUACUUCAGUCACCUGUAGAAAACCCACCUGUUUGAACAGGUAGCCGCCACAUCAAGCAGCUCUCUCAUUCUGUUCUCCCAAGUCCAAAAAAUGAAAAAAUAAAAAAUAAAUAAAUAACAGUUCUUUUGAUCCUCCGCUUUCUAGAACACUUUGCUGACAUGCGGCCACGGUAUGUAUGUUUCAUCGACCUUCACUUUCCGGCACAAGCCACGUGAUCGAUGAUUACUGCGCGGGAAUGCGAGCUUUCAUCGGGUGAUCAAUGGACACCACGUCCCUCUCUCUCUCCCUCUCUGGCUUUAUUAGUUCAAGAGACAGGAUACCGCUUGUUGCCGCUAGAGACACCGACAAACUCGGGGUGGGGAAUGGGGUAGUGGGGUAGAACGAAUGAGAGAAGGAGAGAAGGGUGGUGGUGUGAACUGCGAGCUGCAGAACAUGGCUAGUCACUUACAAUCUUAUAUUAUCCUGUAACUUUAGAAAAUAAAACUCGGUUAAUCAAGUCCGUGUUACAAUACCACCAAACACACCAGAGACAAGCUCUGGCAAAAAUCGCUAAGACAUUGCAGCAGGUAUCACCAAAACACACAUCGCCCUGUUUAUAUAUGUGACGCAAAGUCUUAACAAAACAUUUACAUUAUAGAAUUUUUUUCAACGAAAUAACACCUGGCAUUUUUGGCGCGCGGCUGUAUAAUGCAAUGUUUAAAUGCUCGUCACACGAGCUCAGGAUCGGCUGUCUUGGAGAACUCGUCUCAGGUAAACUCUUUCUCUGCAGGUGUUAUUAUCAAGACCGGCUGCUUUCAGAGACAAAUCCUUUGUUGCUAGUUCGGAUAAAAUAUCAAUUAGUUUCAACACUCACCCCCUCCCCACAUCCCCGCUUACCUGUAUUUUCGGAAAGGUAGUCACAAGCAGGUGGUGACGUAAGCAACGGCCGUUUUCACAACGGUGUCGUCUGCAAACGUCAGCAGCAAAGUUAGCAGAACUGAGAUCAGGAAGAAAGGUAAGACGAUCUUUGGCAAUAAAAACACCGUGUGAAAUAGAAUAAGCCGUUUGUAAAUAAUGUUCUCCCCUACCCCAAAUACCCAGGGGGUGAGUAUGUAGAUAUCCCCAGAGACAGCAGCUGAAGUGCGAACAGGUGUAGUGUACAGUUUAUACCUACCUACAUUACCUGUGCAUGACAAAUGUCAAGAUCAGGUCGGGGCCGUCACUGGCUUCCUGCUUCAUGAUAACCUCAAUAAUAAUAAUACACGUGUUCUGUGAACGGAGUGAAGGUCGGUGAGUGCAUCAGGGUGGGGUCGGUGUGGGGCAGCAAGUGCCACCAGGCUUUAUUAUGAACCAAACUGUAUUUUUUUUUUGAAUUAACCCUUUUAAAAUGAAAAACUUUCUUACCUGAAAGUCUUGAUUUGAACCGUCAUGAAAAAUUGAGCAGGAGGAAAACGAACCUAAACCCUGAGUGUUGGACCAUCCCCCAGUGUCAUUUAAAAACAAAAUGUUGACGAGGCUAACUACAGGCCAUGACAUGCAAAUACAGGAACCUUGGUUAGCCAGGUAAUGUCCAUUGUAAUGUAUGUCCGGUUGUAUGGCAGGCGCAUACCAUCACGUGAUGUCACUUCCGCUGUGUCCUUGCAUGUUCAUGACUGAUAUUGCCUUGUAAUGCUUUAACAUUUAAUCCACCCAGCUUGCGAGUUAAGAUGGAUUUAAAAAACACUAACUCUCUCAGAAAUCAAGGCAUCGAAUGCCCAUAUGAAUUCUUUCAUUAUGUGUUGUUGAAAAAGAAAAUCAAAUGCACAUUCUAUAAAAAAAUCUCUGCGACUUUCAUUCUUGAACAUUCUUCUGAUAUUUCAAAAUAGUAUAGGUUAAUUAACAGAAAAAUAGAUGUUCAGAUUAAAAUAGUCCGGGAAACAUCGAACGGGAAGACUGGCAGAUUGUGUUGUUGAGAACAAUGUUAAGGAUCUCGCCCCUGUUGUGAUGAGAAAAUUUGAUUAUAUUAUUCUGUAUGGAAAAUUGGAAAUAAAAUCACUUUAC